AUGGCCAUACCAGAUGAAUUUCUAUACAAAUUCUAUUAUGGUCUUCCUGCUUUCUUAUUAAUUUUGAAUAUUGAGAAGCAAAUAAAAUUUCGUUUCGUUUCGUUUCGUAUGCGUGUUGGUGUAUGUACAAUCUUUCUGGAAGCCUUGACAUUAAAAGACGGAAACAACACGGACCGGAAGUUGACCUUGUGCUCGAAUGACUUUCGCAUUAAUCACGUGAUGGUCACUAAUAGCAACAGAGUCGUCAUACAUGUGAAUAGAAAUGUGGCCCUGACAAGGCUCGCCAUCUUGCAUUUCGAAGUAAUAGGAUGCGGCCUUCCGAUUUUGCCAACUCACCAAACCACGCCCCUGAAGUUUGAUUGGCUGGGCCCCGAUAAGGUCACGGUCAAAUGCCCAAACACCACACAAAUCUGGUCCCUAAUUUGCAUAAACAACAAAUGGGUUGGAGGUAAUAUUGGAGAUUGCUACCCUAGUAACCAUCCGGACGCGACGAUGAGUCUAGGAAAAGAAAGUUUGAUGUCCUCGACCGGAAACAAACACGUCGAUGACGUCAUCUCGUUCGGAUUGUUGUUCGCGGUUUCUAUUGGUGUGGGAGUUGGUGUGGUACUCGGCGGCAUCCUGCUGUUUCUGGCUACGAAGUACUUUAAAAAGUUCAAAGGUUCACAAAACCGUAGUGCUGGUUACAUUCAACCCCGUGAACAAUACGUCUGCCUUGGUAACAAACACCCUCCCACUUCCUUCACGUCGACCAAUCACAACACGAGAGCCGGAUCCUCAGCCAAUCAGAGUAAAGUACAUCGGCCGACCAGCUUAUCACAGUGGUGUUCGAUAGACUCGCACAUAUCAACGGCCAAUAAGAGUUGCGAAUCAGAGCUAAGCCAGGAACCCAUUUGCAGAUUUCCAACAAAUCAGACAAUUUCGUCAUCAAUCAACUGGCCACUUAUAGUUUCUGAAACCACGCCCAUGCACGAAAGAAACGAUGUGAUUGGUUGCUGCAAGAUGACCACAUCGUUCAACCAGCCAAUAGAAACAAUCACGUGUCCAGAGUGCAACCUCGUCAGGAACCCAGUGAUCAAUUCGACGAAUUUAAAUUGA